AAAAUCGACUGUGUGGACAUGGCUUAACAGUACAUACAUGACUUAUGGAACAGUAGUUACCUCUGAUCAUUAUAAAACAGAACAGCCGCUAAGCUCCAACCAGUCACCAUGACUAUACGAACGUGUAUAGCUGUAUUAAUCACUGUCAUUAAACUGUGCAUCUGUGACGACCGCUAUGGUGACCUAAAGCAGAAUGAGGCCAUGUGCGCGCGAUUUGGAAUGAAUGCACUGUUCGACCCUGAAAUGGUGAUCAAGACAAAAUGGCGGAUAUACUAUACCUGGAAUUUGAGAUUGUCCUUUGGGUGCCUUGAUAUGACGUUCAAAACUGUUAAUCCAUUGAUCAUCAACCGCUUCUACUCUGACAUGAACAAGCAUCUGGAGACGCAGCCAGUGUGGGAGGCGGCUACUCUGCUGGUGACCAUGGGCUACUUCAACCAUCAGAUGCUGCUUUUCGCCGAGCCUGGGCCCGCCGGCAAAUUUAUCGGCAUACCGAACAUAUCACAACGAGCUAUCGAUAUGCUGCCGCACCCAGCCAGCGUGCCGCUCCUCAAGUUCCAGCUGAAGCUGAUCCGCGACGGCAAGUUCCUGAUCAUGAUGGACUGCCACAUCGGAGCCGUGUCACUCUCGGCUCGGUACAGCGGGAAGCCGCCCACCGAGGAGGAGCUGGCCGAGGCUGUGGCUGAAGCUGGCCUGGGCGAGGGCUUCUCGGCUUGCAUGAAGGGAAAGAAACCUAUAAAGUUUUAGGAUAACGUUGACAUCAUUGAUAAAUAAAGUACUGAGUCUAAUACGGCUUAC